AUGCAGGAAAGGGAAGAGAAGAGAAGAGAUGUGGCAUUACUACUAGAAGGGAGACACACACGACAAGGUAAGGGUAACGCAACAGAUCACGGGUACGGUACAGAGGAGAACAAAAAGUUGGAAAUGCGAAAUGGAUGCUUUUUUCUGCGUUCUGAUUCGUCUGAAGCAGAGUUUGAGUUUAUGAAUUUAAGUGCAUUUAACACAACUCAUGAAGCAAAAGGUAUGAAAAAGAAGGCUGGACUUUUGUGUUGGGUUGAGAAAAGGCCGGCCCAUCUUAAUCACACAGUUAAGGAAAUUGUCCCUACCCGUGAUACUAACUGA